AUGGCAAAAGCUCUAGUUUUUGUUAUUUUGUCCUCCUUCAUUGUAUUUUAUCCUUUACGUAUACUUGAAGAGCUGUUUCCAUUCACCAUGCCUAUACAGGGAGAAUCCAUAGCAUCAUCCUUAAACAUUCAGUUCAUUUUCCUCACAUUAUUUAAACGAGAUGAAGUGACUGACUUAAUUCAAUGUCUAAGCACAUUUGCAGAUUUAAAAUUGUUUUACAUUAUUUCAUCCCUGGGUUUACUUGAUGGUGCGCGCAAAUGGGAUAGAUGGAGAAUUCGUGGAGCAAAACAAUGGAAGAGAGAGUACGCAGAAUCUUCCAAUUCUUAUAGUUCUAGUGAUACAUCAAUUGCGCAAAGUGGGCUCACACCAUCUGUUUUUACGGGGUGUGGUCUGCUGGAAGGGACCCUUGCAUCACAAUGUAUAUUUUACUUCCCGGAUUGCUUUGUAAAACCAUGCUUUUGCAUUCUCCCGUAUCAACGUGCAACAUCUCACAUUGAAGAUCAUCAUUUCACUCUCUUAGCAGAGGUGCCUUACCAUUUUGUGCAGAAGAACAAAAAAAGAAACUUGAUUUCUGAUGUAGAUGUUUUUGUUUUAAGCAUUAUCGUCAUUGGUGUACAGUUGUGCAUAAUUUAA